AUGUCAAUUGGUGAAUAUGACGAUUACUACAUCGGCAUCGAUGUAGGUACUGGCAGUGCUCGUGCUUGCGUUGUCCACCACAACGGGAACAUUGUCGGGCUCGCAUCGCAUAACAUCACCACAUGGCAACCGCACCCCGAAUACUAUGAGCAAUCGACCGCCGACAUCUGGGAGAGCAUUUGCGCUGCAGUGAAACAAGCAGUCGAGGAAUGUGAGGUGCCUCGGUCAAAGAUCCGAGGCCUUGCAUUCGAUGCUACUUGCUCCCUGGCUGUUUUCAGCAAGGAGACCGGUCGACCGGUUUCUGUCAGCGGUGCAGAGGUCAGUAACGACCGCAAUGUUAUUCUCUGGCUGGACCAUCGCGCGGCCGAGGAAACAAAAACAAUCAAUGAAACUGGCCACGCUAUUCUGCAAUAUGUCGGAGGUAGAAUGUCACUCGAAAUGGAGAUGCCCAAGAUUCUUUGGCUCAAGAAUCAUAUGGAUCCAAGCACAUUUCAUGACUGCAAAUUCUUUGACCUUGCAGAUGCGCUUACGCAUCUAGCUACAGGGAAAGAAUCACGCAGCUAUUGCAGUGUGAUUUGCAAGCAAGGUUAUCUCGCGCACAGAGCUGACUGCGGCGAAGAAGGUUGGCAGUCCGACUUUUUGACUUCCAUUGGUCUCCAGAGUCUUGCUCAAGAUAACUUUGGAAGGCUUGGGGGUAUAAAUGGCAAAAAUGGCCAGUAUCUCAGUGCUGGCGAGUGCGUUGGACCUUUAGCCGAGAGGGCCGCUGCUGAGCUGGGACUCUCGCCAGGGAUCGCUGUCGGUAGUGGAGUCAUUGAUGCUUACGCUGGUUGGAUCGGUACAGUUGGCGCGAAGGCUGAUCUGGGAUUCUCGCCAUUGACAGACCAGAAGGAGCAUGUUCCUCAUCGGUUGGCCGUGGUGGCUGGCACGUCAACAUGUCACUUAGACAUGUCAAGAAAUGAGUUGUUCGUACCUGGAGUCUGGGGCCCCUAUCGAGACGUUCUAUUUCCUGGCGCCUACCUUGCUGAAGGAGGCCAGUCAGCUACAGGCGAACUCAUCCGACAUGUUGUUGAGAGCCAUCCGGCACACGCGGAAGCAAACGAAGCCGCGAAAGCAGCCGAAAUACACAUCUACGAUUUCCUCAAUGACUAUCUUCGAAAAUCAGCAACGAAGGCCCGAGUGUGUCAUAUCGCUCAGUUGGCCAAACACUUCUUUUUCUACGGCGAUUUAUGGGGUAAUCGAUCUCCCAUUGCAGACCCCCAGAUGAGCGGCGCAACCAUCGGGUUGAAAAGUGACCGGUCUAUUGCGAAUCUAGCGCUCCAAUAUUACGGUGCUCUGGAGUUCAUUGCACUGCAAACACGCCAGAUCGUUGAUACGAUGAAUCAACACGGGCAUCGAAUUUCAACGAUUUUCAUGUCAGGCUCCCAGACACAAAACGAACUCUUGGUACAUCUAAUUGCAUCUGCUUGCAAAAUGCCAGUCGUACUACCUGCAUACGUCCAUGCUGCUGUAUGCCACGGUGCAGCUAUGUUAGCAGCAGUGGCGGCCAGCAAGUGCUCCGAGGGUGAUUCGAAAGACCUGUGGGAAAUCAUGAGCCAAAUGAGUAAGCCUGGCCGACGUGUGGACCCUACCACCAAUCCGAAGGAGCAGCUACUCCUCCAGGCCAAGUAUGAGGUGUUUUUGGACAUGUGCUUCAAGCAGCGGGAAUACAGGGAGCUUGUUGAUAAGCGGCUUGACGGUGCGGCAGAUGAUAGAAAUUUUUGA